AUGCGCGGGCGGGGACGCUGGGAGAUCCUGGCGCACCACUCGGGCAACCGCAACCUGCACCCUUGCAGGUCCGUGCUGGUGCAGAUCCAGCUGCCCCUUCGCAAGACCCCAGUGGUCCACGUCCCCACGCUCAUGAAGGAGCUCGACGCGCUCAAGCACUUCGACCCGCGCGCCAUGGAGCGGGUGUUCAUCUCCACCCGGGCGCACCUGCUCUUCGACAGCCACCAGAUCAUCGACGGCAUCCUGGAGGUCGAGGCGGGCACCGCCUCCAUCGGCACCACCAAGCGUGGCAUAGGCCGGGCGCGGCGCCGCGCCCGCGGCGCGCCUUCCGCCCGAGAGCCACCAGACGGCGCGGCCGCCACCGAGUGGCGA